GACAUGGGUCCUCACACUCCAAAUAGACUAUCAAAAUGGUACAAGGGAUCGCCAAAGCGCGGCACUACCGCCACACAUCGCCCAAUAUAUUGCCGAAAUGGUAGACCGAGAAGUCUACAAAUACUUCGAUGAUGAGGAUGAGUCAUCAUCUUCCCACGCGUCAUCCGAUAGCCAGUCACUUUCAAUAUCCGUCACCUCCCCGUCGAGAUCUGACUCAUUAAACAACGCUGAGUAAAGUCUGAGAUAGAUUACUUAAGAACUACCUCCUUACUGACAAUCCCCAUGGCACCACGGCAAGCCGGCAGCGCUAUACCUCGAGAUCACUCGCCUUGCUUCAACUCCACGAGAAUGAUUAUUCCCGCAGACUCUGACGGACCGAGAAUCGAAGACUGGUAGUAACUAUAUGCAAACAUGCAAACAUACUCCAUCGCGUGAGACCCUAAACACUUCACCUCCCGCAUCCACCCUAAAAACUACCUACGCACACAAUCCCAUCUGACAGGUUAGUGAGAUCACCAUACGGCUGGGUAUAUACGAUCCACUUUGGUCUCACCAGAGGAGAAGAAGUCGGUUAUGUCGCUACCAUCACAUGUCACUGCGGACAACUGAAAAUGGAGGUAAAGAAGUUGCGCCCCGAUCUACCACCCGGCAUGGACAAAGUCAUUCUGUCCAUGGAAGUUGACCUUGAGUAAACAACACUAUACAACCAAUGUCACACCACCAAGGGCAACGCAUCAGAUCCAUGAAUCCUAUAUCCAAGACAGAACUCGAAU